AUGCAAAAACUGACGGAGCGCAUAGACGACCUGAAGCAAAGAAUAGCUGCUUGGGGAAAGCGGAUUCGGCGAUAUACCGAGAGGUCGACACGGUUCAACCAGAAUCGUCUCUUCCAGAGUGAUCAGAAGAGGCUCUAUAAAUCAUUGGAGCGACCAAUAGUAAGUGGAACGGGCCCUGCACCAAAUCAGGCCGACAUGGUCGCAUUCUGGCGCAGCCUGUGGUCAGAGCCCGUAAACCACAGCGAGGGCCCUUGGACGGAAGUUGUGGCGAGUCAGUGUGCGAGUAUUACGCCCAUGGACCCCGUCAUCAUAACGCCGGAUGACGUAGCUGAGGCGGUCCGUAGGGCCCCGAACUGGAAAAGUCCGGGGCUCGACGGGCUGCAUCACUACUGGCUGAAGGGGUUCAUGGUGUGUCACGCUGUGCUCGCCCGACAGUUUCAAGAGGCUCUCGACCAGAAGUCGCUCCCAAGCCUCUUCACUACUGGGAUCACUCAUUUGGUUCCUAAAGAUCAGGGUGCCACAGACCUGAGCAAAUAA